AUGCCUAUCUUUCUAGGGCUUUUGACAUACCUCGGUGCCCUCCUGGGCUUUGGCUUCGUAACGCUUAGUCUUGCGUGCGGGCUAUACUACUUGGCAGAGUUGGUUGAGGAAUACACAGUGUUAACGAAAAAGAUAAUAUAUUAUACAACGAUUGUAAGUCUAUUGAAAGGGCCGGAACUCGUGCUUUUGCAAUGGAUCUAUGCACCAUGGCUGGAAGUGGAUGCUCUAGGGGAAAACCUUGCCGGCUUACAGCAGCCGGAUGGGGACCUACCAUCGACUAUAACGUUCGCGUCGCACAUACUGUUAUGGCUAGUGGAUGGCCUCUCAUUCAAGCGGAUAUGUUUCUCUCUACUAUGCCACGCAUGGUAUAGCCAGCUGCUACGAAAUUUCCCAAAUAUCGAGUUGGCCAGCCCAGCAUUCCUAAUAAGUUGUGUCCUCGUGAUAAGCGACCACUUCAUCUGGUUCUUCUACUUCACGGAGCACUACCACAGCUUCACGGAGAUCGCCACAUUUUUCGGCCUCAUUGUGUGGCUCAUCCCGUUCAUGUACUUCAUCUCGCUGAGCGCGAACGAGUAUACUUUGCCCAAUUUCGACCCAUCGGCACCGAAGCAGAAGAAGAAUACGAAUCUAGUAAAGACGCUAGCGACCUAUCUCGGGAUGGUGAAGACGACGGGGCUCGGGGAGUAG